AAAAAUAAUUAAUGGUGAUUAAAAAGACAGCUAAAAAAAAUAAGGUCUUGCGUACCUCUUAAGGAGUUCUAAAAUAAUCAAAUAAGAAAGUUGGUUUUAUUAGUGCAACUGCAUUAACUUAAUAACCAGGAAAGCUAUUAAGAAGAUUAGGAGAAAAGAAGAAAGGAAUGAGAGAAUUAAGAAGAAUAAAGAGAGAUACUUAAAAAUAAACAAGAAAGACAAAGGAUAAAUAGAAAGAUUAAUUAGAAGAGUAAGAUGAUAUACUGGAAUUGCCAAAUACAUUUAUAAUCGAUUAAGUGAAAAUUUCAGCUGAAGAUGAAUAAAUAUUAUCUUAAUUUAUGGUUGGAAAUGAUACAAAAACAACUUAAAUUAUAGAAGAUUUUUAGAAAGGAUUGUAAGAAGAUGAAUAAAAGAAACAUCAUGAGAGUAUAAUGAAUAAUCCAAAAGUAGUUUGUGUAUAUGAAAAGUAAAAAUGAAUAGAAAUAAUGUAGUGUUGCAGAAUUAAUGAAAACUUAUAGAUCUGGUAAACUUCCAUAACCAUUCCAUCUCAUUCCUAAACUAGAACAUUGGAAAUAAGUUUUUGAAUUAACUAAACCUUAAGAAUGGUCACCUUAAGCAAUCUUUGCAGCUACUAAAAUAUUUUCAUCAGCUUUAGAUAGAUAACAAACUGAAUAUCUAUAUUCCACUGUUAUAUUACCUGCAGUUAGAUUAAGCAUUUAAUAAGAUAAACGAUUAAAUGUUCAUUUAUAUAAUGCAUUAAUCAAAGCUAUGUAUAAACCAUAAGCAUGGUUCAGAUCAAUAUUAUUUCCAUUAUGUUUAGAAAAAGAUUUUACAUUAAAAGAAGCAUAAAUUAUAGGAAGCAUUAUUCAUAAAGUAAUAUUAUUAUUUAAAAUAUUAUAGCUACAUAUUCCACCUAUUCAUGGUUCAAUAGCAAUUUUUAAAGUUGCAUAGUUAGAUUUUACAGGUCCAGUUGCUGUAAUUUUGAAAGUGUUAAUUGAAAAGAAAUUUUCUUUACCAGAGAGAGUAUAAUAUCUUUAUUAUUUUAGGCAUUAGAUGAAGUAAUUAAAUAUUUUAUGAAAUAUGAAAAUGAUUCAAGAGAAAUGCCAGUUAUUUGGCAUUAAAUGAUUUUAAGAGUUUGUGAAUUAUAUCAACUUAAAUAAGAUCAUAAAGAUUAAUUAAAAAAAUUGAUAAAUAAAAAGAAGCAUCAUUUAAUUACAAAAGAGAUUUCAAAAUAAUUAAUAAAAGGUACUAAAAUGGAUGUAGAAAAAUGA